UCCACGCCCUGCACUGAAUUCCCAGCCCUACUCAUGUAGGGACACCUCCGAGGAAAGUCCUUUGUUAGUGCGUUAGUGAGGCUAAAAGCACUGCUACUUUAACAAACAUAUGUGAAAAUAUUUAAUUUAAUUUUUUUUUUUAACUUAGACAUUGAAAAAGCCACUAAUCCAAGAUGUACUGGGAAUUUCCAUGAGGAUUUGGCUGUUACUGACAAACCUAAAGUGGGGUGCAGGACAUCAGCGCACCGAUGGAGUCCCAGCUCUCCCAGCUCUCCUCCCUGAACGGAAAUCCCCAGCAGGAGGACUUUAUACAGCCCCACUAUAAGGAGUCCUACCGGAUAGCCAUCGACACCCUGGUCAGCAAAGGGCAGGAAAAGUACAAGGAGGUCCUCAAGGCGGAGCAGAUCGGCGACUUCCUGUCCGAGCAGGAAGUCCUCUACAUCCAGGAGAACACCAGGUUUCCGGUCGCCCCCAGCAGUACCAGCGAGGAGGUCAAUGGCUGCCUCGAUAACACCUCUUCUUCCGGGACAUACUGGCCCAUGCACUCUGAUGUGGAGACACCUGAUCUGGAUCUGGGUUGGCCUGAGUGCCUGAAAAGGAGUGCGGGCACCAACAUCGAUCUACUCUUCCACCCGCCCCGGACCAACAGCCCCACCAUCAAAGAGGUCAUCCGGAAACAGAUCCAGGAGGCUCGACAGGUGAUCGCUGUUGUAAUGGACAUUUUUACAGAUGUGGAUAUACUCAAAGAGCUUGUCGACGCCUCUGGCAGGGGAGUUGCGGUCUAUAUUCUUCUGGAUGAUUCUGGCCUCCAAAGCUUUCUCACCAUGGCCGAGAAGCAGGAUAUUCAUAUACAGAGACUGAGGAGCAUGAGAGUCCGUACAGUCAAGGGACAUGAAUAUCUCUGCCGAUCGGGAGCCCGGUUUCAUGGGGCGAUGGAACAGAGGUUUCUGCUGGUGGACUGCCAGACAGUUCUGUUUGGCUCAUACAGCUUCUCGUGGUCGUUUGAGAAGAUCCACCUCAGUAUGGUGCAGGUGAUCACAGGUCAGCUGGUGCAGCUGUACGACGAGGAGUUCCGGACCCUUUUCGCGCGCUCCACCGUUCCCACCGUGCUCACCGCCACGGAGGGCCGGGCUAACGGGUACGUCCCGGCGCCGGGGUUCAAGGCCCAGUGUGGGCAGGCCUUCGAGAGGGCCGACCUCCUGAGACACACCCUGGACACGGUCUACCUGAGGGCCUGCGGGAAAGGGGGCGGCCAGACGAACGCUGCGGGAGACCGGGAGGAGGAACCUCCGGACAGGUCGCUUCACGAGCCGAGGCCCGCCUACGACCCCGCCGCCAACGCCCGAGUCCGCCCCCAACACCUCCCGCAGCCUGAUACGCUGGGCUUCCUGAAGAGGCACAGCUACGCGGGCGAGAGGCAGGAGGCCUCCUUCAUCCCCACCAACCCAAAGUACGGUGCCAGCAACUGGAACGUGUCCGGAGAGGGGGCUCACAGGCACGGGUCUCCUGGAAGAAACGAGCUCCUUUCCAGGGGUACGGGGGACCCCCUGCGGCAGACCAAGCUGGGACAGGUGUACGGGAGAGGCAACGGCAACCUGCGGCAGUCCUUCCACGGCAACGAUAAGCACGUCCUCUCUGCCCAGCAGAACCUGCCGAGCCUGGAGCGCACGACCAAGUCCUUCCUCCGCACCUGGCGCAUCGAGUCGUACCUCAACAGCAAUGAGGCGCCCUUGGGGGAGUCCACCGACUACCUGGACCAGUACGAGGCCCUGGACAGCAAGCCCGGCUCCUACAUGACCUCCCGGCUGAGGUCGUCUAUCAUCUUCACUCCCACCAUCCCGGAGCAGCCUGAGACCAACAGCAACUCGCACAACUCCUCUUCCGCAGCGCCCUUCAGCUCCCCGGCACCCACGCCCUUCUACUCCUCCAUGCAGUGGCCGCCCCCGCCGCAGAUGGAUGGCAGGAUGAGGCAGGACGAGUACAUGUUGAAGAGACGGAGCCUCCAGAUUCUGGACGACCCCCGAAAUACUCUCGGCAUCCCGUACCAUAACGCUUACACCAGCCUGGGACGGUCCAAGGGGGGCCUGUCGCCGAAGACCAUGGAUGCCCUCCAAGAGGACUUGUAUAAACGGCACAGCGUGGCCGAUCCCAGGAUGAACCUCCACUACGGCGGUGCUGAAGAACAUCCGCCCAGGCAUGGGUACGGCCUGGCAGGGCGGGGCGUGGGGGACAGACGGAUGCUGGAGGAGCGGGGGGGUGGAGGGCAGCAUCCAUCCAGCAAGCUCAAAGAAGACAAGAGGUCCAUAUCUCACAACAAUGUCAAGGAGGCAGGGGGUAAGAGCUUCCUGCCCCCAAUGUGGCAGGAGCCACCCUCCAGGACCGUGUCGGUUUCAGCCCUCGGCAUGGGCGAAAAGGAGCCCGCGCAAAAGUCCCCCGAUCUGGGCUCCCAGCGCUUCUUCAAAAAGAGCACCAAGAAAAUAAAAUCACUGCUCAACAUACCGGAGAAAAAGGGCAGUUCAUCACACAACAAGUCUGGGUCCAACCUAAUGGUGGACUCCAGCUCAGACAACCUGCUCUCCGAGGACCUGACCCCGGCAGGGGGGAAGGAGAGGGCUGUUUACCUCCCCGUGAAGGAAAACCACUUCUCCAACAAUGCGGGAAAGUUGUCCACUCCGCGGUUUACCACGGAGGACCUGGAACAAAACGGUGCCGGCCCUUGGCGGGAGGCGCACUUGACCAGAGUCCGGAAAGAUCAGUCUAGCCUGGGUGUGGAAGCCAGACCCAGAGGUCAGAGAGAGGAUCAGGCAUACAGCCGCUUCGAGCCCUUCUGUGUCCUGGACAAAAAGCAGCCUCCUCCGGAUGAUUUAAGAAAGCUCCCCGCCAACACACAAGCUCCAGAGAGGUCAAGGCCUGUGCUCAACCACACUAGAGAGAGCCCUCCCCGGGAUCAAUACAGUACCCCAGGGUCUCCCAAUGACAAUAAGCUGGGCCGGUUCAUACAGCGUGUGGGGCACUUGCUUCAUAAAAAUAAGUAAGGAGCCAAAUAACCCAGGACAAGCGUUACAGUGGUGCUAAACAGUCUUGCACCCUGUUUAGGGAAAGCAUCAGGAGUUUAUCUCCAUAAAAGCCAUAUAAAUAUAUUUAUUUUCAGAACUAUUAAUGUUUACAUUGAGAAAAAUAACUAUACACCACCCUGCUCCCAGUUUAUUGAAAAAGAAAGUGUAAAAAGAGUCCAUAGAUUAAAUCUAGUCUAUAGUUGGCAGUGUUUCUAGGUUAAUAAUGGAAUAAUUUCCUUUGGAACACUGCCAAAUAAGAAGGUAGGAGGGCUGAAAUUAGUUUUAUCAGUUUUAACAGGAUCUGCCAUGGUAUCUGUACAGUAAAGCUCCCUUCAGUAAUCUCUGUUGGGAGUCUGUGGGAUGAAUGAAUGAAUAUAUAUACUUUUAAUUCAACCUGUGGCGUGAAUUAUGCGUGUAAAUCCAGGUGCUCUGUACAGCAGUACCAUGGCUUCAUCUCUGUAGAACUAAUAUUAUGCUGGAUAUAUAUGGAGAUAUAAUUGUAUGAAUCUUUUCAUAUACUGUGGAUUUAAUGGCUGAUUUGAUUGAAAGGCAAAAAAUAUGUACAGUAAAAGGCUCCAUUCUUUUGAAUGCAUGCAGCAUGGCACAAAUUAUGGAAAAACUGCAUUCAUAAAGUGAUUAUGGCGAAUAAAUACUCCUCUUAUGAUCGAAAAUCUUAUUAUUAGCCCGAACAUGUAUAUCUUUGUCCAGUAGUUUUCUUUUGGUGGGAUUGUGUAUUAUUAUGAUUCAAAACUACUGAUGGUGACAUAAUGGCGUUACCACUCGUGGUCAAGAAGAUAGCAGUUUUGAAUGCACGACUCUGAGAAACAACAACAGAAGAAGAAGGGGCACAGAUACGAGUUUUAAGAGAACUAAACAUCUUUAAGCGCAGUGUUUCCAUAAUUUGAGCCAGUGCUGCACAUGUUGAAUCUCAGCUCUCACACUGUAGGAAGCCUGCACGCACCAUGCACCCUUUACCCUGCUGUAUCUCUACUGCCACUGUACAGUGUGUAUGUGUCAUGUCUUCUGGGGUAACGAUUAAUGUUUGCUCAGUGCGUAUGUCACGGAAGAUAUACUUUCAGCAACACACUGUAGUUAGACACGUAAGGAUCUAAAGCAGUGGCAACCAACCAACCCUUCCCGGAGAUCUACAAAACAAAACACACCUCAUUCAACAGCUACAGAUCUUGUUGAGCAGGUAAUUAGUCGAGUCUGCUGUGCCGAAUUAGGCUUGAAAUGAGGACAUAGAACGCUAGAUCUCCAGGAACAGGGUUGGUAACUAAUGAUCUAAGGCAUAGAAUGAUUGGAUGUCAGUUGCAGCAUACUACUCUACCUCUGUUAGUUUUGUUCACAAGGUUUUAAGGUAUUCGUGCUUCAAAAUCCUCCAGAGAAAGGAAUGGCCAGUCAAGAAUAUUAAAAUAAAUAUCACAUAAAUAUAUUAAUAAAUGUUCAUCACAGUGAAAAACCAUCAGUAAGGCCAAACACAGUAAUUACACAACAAUUACAAAUGCAUGAACAUAAUAAACUGUUUGCCAAAUCUAAUUUGGACAAAUGUAAUUAUCCAGUUAAUUUGCCUGAUAGCAAGGAGACGCUCAAUUAGAAAAGGACAAUUAGUCAUGUUUGCCAUUGGCUAGCAAAGUCUGACAAAUUAUGUCCAAAUCCUUUGAUCUUUAAUUUAGUGUCAUAUUGGAAUAGCAGCCACACUUCAAAUAUAUGAAAGGGCAAAUAUAUAGAGGGACUGCUGUGCAGAUGAAUCGAAGGUGAUCUCCAUUUGUAACUGUCUUUAUAAAGAGGGAGUGCUGUACUGAUGUUAAUAUGAUUUCACAGACAUAAACCUAAUGGGUAACUUACAUUGUAAAUUUUUACUCUACCAUUCUUAUGGUAUGCUCAAAAAUUGCAAUUGUCAGGAAAGCUUACAUUUGACAAGUUCCAUUUAUUCAAACAAUUUAUUUGCUCAAUCAAAUUAAUUAAUUUAAGUAAUGACUGUUCAAGUCUUAAAACUAAGUGAGUAGUACUUUUUUGACUAGGGUGAGGCUUGCUUGAAUCGUUUGAAUCUUGACUUGAAUUUCAAUUAAAUAGAAUUGAAUUACACUGAAAAAAAAUUUCAUUGGAUAAACCUAGAAUUUUAUUCAAUUUUUACACCUAUAUUUUUUUUAGGUUUUCUGAAUUAAAAUUAUUUAGGUUCAUAUGAAUUAAGUAAUUUAAGCAUUUUUCAUAGGAAUCAAAGGAAUUCCAAGUUAAUAGAGGUGAAAGCAAUUGUGCCAUUAACAUUAAAGUAACACAAUCUAGGCACGUCUGAUUUGUGUUGGAUUAACUUAACUAUAAAAUUAAAUAUUUUAGUUGUUUUACUCCAAUUGUUUGAGCUGAGAUUAUUGGGUUUAGCAGUGUAAUAGACCCAUAGUUGGAAUGUUUAAAUAAGUCUAUGCUCUUCUGUUCUCGAGUGUGUUUAACUUGUGAUUCCAGAAGCAUGAACAGGUUACUGCAUAUUUAUAAUGUGUAUUGUAUUCACAGCCCCAGACAUCUGAUGUUUUUUUAUUUUUUUUAUUUCUUUGCACAUUCUUUUAUUUCAGGUUUCUUUGGGGGAGAAUUUGAAGCUUUUUUAUUUUGUGUGAUGUAUUUUGAAGGUACAAGGAAAAGAGAAAACACUGAAAAACUUUGUUUGCACUUUCUGAAACACUGGGAUAUGUGGAUUGCCAAAAUUACUCUUGUUAAAAAAAAGGAAGGCCAUGUUUUUAAUCGUGGUAAUCUUGUAUUGUAUUUGAAAGCUGAUAAAUGAUUGCUUAAACAUUGCAGCUUUGGGAUUUGGGCGAGUUAUUUUUCAGAUAAAUGUGAACAUUCUUCUGAAAAUAAAGAAGGUAGUUCUUGUGCUGCUCUACAGCCAGUAUGCUUAUUAUUUAAGCAUCAUAACAAGAAAUACCAGGACGGGGAGUGAGUCGUCAUUUUUCAGAUCUGACAUGAUAAUUACAGUUCAACAACCCGGCACGGCUUUGAACGAACACAUGUCAAGACUUUCAUUUUAUGCAAUAAAAUUGCCUCAAAAAGAA